AUGGCAACUGAGGGCGAACAGUGUAGCAAGCCUAUUUUUUUUGUUUUGGGUGCGACAGGGAGUGGAAAGUCGUUGGCAGCUGUGAAUGUUGCAAAAACGCUUCAACAUAGAUGUGGAAUUAUGCAUGUGACAAUUGUGAACUGUGAUGUUAUGCAGUUUUACGCGGAUCUUCCAAUUGCGACAAAUAAGGUUGCUUCAUCUGAGAUGGAGGAUAUUCCUCAUUGUUUUAUUGGUUUUCUUUCUCCCAGUGGGGUGAAAAUCCGAGAUCCCACUGUACCUUACAAGGGGGUUGACAAAACGGAAUCUGUGUAUAUGGAUAUUUCAGAGGAAAGGGAUGUGUAUAAUGUUCAUUCAUACGUGCGUGAUGUUGUGGCGUUUAUUAAAUCUUUCUUUAGGGAACACUCUUCUGCAGCUAUUGUUGUUUGUGGGGGUACAUGUUACUAUGCGCAGGCACUUUUGUUCGAUAAUACUUUGACAUUGGAAGAUGAGAAGGGCUUUGUAGAUGAGGUGGCGAUGUUAGAUUUUUCAACCUCUUUAGAAAACGUUGAGGGAAAAGGUCUCUGGCAGGAGCUGAAUCGAGUGGAUCCUGUGAUAGCUGUUCGCUACCAUCCGAAUGAUACGAGGCGCAUUUCCCGUCUUCUUGAGAUUUAUAAAAAAUCAGGUCGUUUGCCCUCGGAAAUUUACGCCACUAGGCCGGAUCCUUGUUUUCGUUUUUCCCCAAAGAAUUGUUUUAUAUUAUGGAUACGGGUUCCAUAUGAAGCAUUGAAAAUCAAAUUAGAUGAGAGAGUUGAUAAAAUGGUAGAACGGGGUAUUGUGGAGGAAUUUGUCCAGUUUGCAAAAAGAAAUAAUAAUAUCAAUGACGUUGGUUUAGCAAAGGCAAUUGGAUUUAAAGAGUUCAUUUCCGCGUUUGCGAUGAUUAACGGUCAAAUGCGAGUAAAAGGAGAAUGCGCACUAAAGAAUUCUAUUGAUCUUUUAAGAAGCAAUACCAAACGAUAUGCUAGACAGCAAGAACAAUGGAUCAGGAACCGUCUUCUUGGUCGUCUUCGCUUUGUUUUUACUUCGCUUCAAGGAACGGGGAAUUUCAUAGCUAUUGACGCAUUGAAAAUGUUGUCGGAAUUCAUUGAAAUGGUUCAAAACGCAACUGAGUUUUUGUUGAAACAAAACUUACAAAUGAUACAAGGAGUGACGUUGCCGCUAAAUGAAAUUAAAGAUCCACCAUCAGCAGUGAAACAAGAGUGGUGUGAGGUUUGUGAAAUCUUUGUUUGUGGAGGAAAUCAGAUGCGGACACAUAUAACUUCGAAACGACAUCGGGGUGCUGUGAGACACGCCGCUUUGGUGAAAGAGCAGGAAGAAAAAUAUGGCCGAGUGAUUUCUCGUAAAAAACAACGAAUGUCUUGA